AUGUCAGAAUCCAAGAAACACGUAACUUUCAACAACUUGGCAGCAGUCUUCGAGUUUAACAAAGAUACACCACCAAUAGUGGUUAACAGGAUUGGCAGCAAUUCUAGAGCCAUAAGGUAUCCAAAAAGUAGAGCCAUCAAAAAGGCAGCAGUUGCACAUCCGUUGAUGAGUUAUCCACAAAUGUUCCUUCCUAUGAUGAAUCAAUACCAAUAUCAAUACUUUUUGGCCUUACGGGCACAACAAGCUUUAAAAACACAACAAGCAUUACAAGCACAACAAUCAUUACAAUAUCAAAAGACUGGGGGACAUAUGUAUAUGUUACCAAUGACUUUCAAUUCAAGAUCUCAACUCAAUCAAGCUCCUAUCAAUCCAUUUACACAAUCAUACAAGUGCUGCAACUCCUAUAACAAUAAAAAUAUUAACAAAUUAGCCCAAAAAACAGGAUAUCAUACCAACCCACUAAUCCAAGAUAUCUUGGGUGAUGGAAGUGAAAAUGAGCACCAAAAAUGUGACGACAGAGCUAGUUUGAUCAAUGAUGAGGAGCAUGCUGAUGAAUCUUUAACUUUAAACGAUGAGGAUUUGAAGUAUUUUAAUGAUAUUCCGGGAGACGCUAAAGAAGUUUAUGAUGAAAUUGCGACUUCAGGGAAACAAGAAACCCAUCCAAUAAUAACCUCGCCAUUAUCUCCUAUGGUCAACAAAAAUACCACUUCUUCCUACUUGCUUUCAUCCAAAUUAGCUCAGCCAUCUGGCGAACCUCUCCAUUCAGGUGGUAAACGUUCUCAAAUCACACAUUCAGCCUCAGUUCCAAGGUCAUUUUACAGUAAAAUUCCCGCAACCCAUGAUGCUAAUCCUUCAAGAUAUCAGGACUUGUACGAAUACAAAUUCAACAAUGUGAACGAGCCUCUCAGAAAGAAAAGAAGGGCCUGCUAA